UGAUGGUGACAGCGAUGUCGCAUCGUAGAAAGGGAGGGCUGGAUGCAGACUGCUGGCCGCCACCCCGCUUGCAGGAUAGGGGGGUCCCGCCUGCGCCUCGGAACACGGUGGACCCUCCCCCCCAGCGCGCUUCUCGCGGGAGAAUGGAAGUCAUCACCCACCAAGCCACCCCCAACCAAACCCGAAGGCUCCAGCUUGUCCUCCAUUUCCAGCGGGGGGGGGUUGUCGGGGAACGCCGAAACACACGUGCGGAUCCCGUCCCCCCGCCAACCCGAAACGCGGGUCUUCGGGUUAGGUUGGGGUGAUCUGGCAGGUCGUCAGGGAGCUCCUCGCGCAGACCCGGGCCGGGCACAUGAUUUGGGCCGGCGCGCGUGUGCUGUUGGUACCUUCGCCUCGGUCGGAUUUUUCGCUCGCCCAUGGAGGAAGGCCUUAAGGUCUCGACCGACAGCGGCGCUUGGGCGGCGACCGUGACGGCGGCGGCGGCCGCGGCGGCGGCGGCGAGAGAGCGUUCUCGGGCUGAGGCACGCCGUGGUCCGCGCCAGAGCCACAGGCGACGCGCGCGGGCUGCGGCGCCUUCGCGGGGGAGCCCCGCGAGCGCGAGGAUCUCCUCCUCGCCACCGGCCGCAUCGGCGCGUGGCUGGACAGGCUCUCGGUCGCCGUCGCCACGCGGUGACGGCUCCACCCCGGCGUCGUUUCCGUCCCCGUCCUCGUCCUCGUCUCCCAUCCUCCUCCUCCCCCUCCUCCUCUUCCUCCUCCCUGCCCCUUUGUCCUCCCCUGCGCCCCGCUUCCAGAGCGGCGCUGCGCCGGUGGAGGGGGCCCUGGCUGGGCUGCGUUUUUUCUCCACUGUUGUCGUGUUUUUCUCGGCGCGGGCCCCCUGCGGGGAGGAGCCCUUUGCUGCGGCGGCUGUCCAGAGCGAGAGCUAGGGAUGGCAUCGACUUCCAACCGCCCUCUGUUCGCCGGUACGGUAGGGGGCGAGUCGUGGCAGCGCCCAGUCGAGCCCUCAAGAAGCCUGUGGAUGGGCCUCGGAGCGGCGGCCCCUCUCGUGCCAGUGGCCCACCCUCCCGCUGGCGACUGCGCCCGCGGGACGGCGCUGCGCAGGGCGGCGGCUGCCCCCUCGAGGAGUGGAGAA